AUGAACCGUCGCUCGCUGCGGCGGAAGGACAGCAUGGAGCAAUCGUACGCCAACGCGCUCGUUCACCAUCCCGUCCUCCAUUCAUCCAACACCGACUCAAGCACCUCCUCCGCACAAUCCCGGAAGUUCAAGUCGAAGCGGGCAACGAGUCCGGCCAAGACCCGCAGCGAUUUGCAGCUCUUGAACAAGCCGGUCAAACACGGCGUCAUAGAUGCGGAGCGGAACGACCUGCCAGAGGACAUACGCGUGCUCAUCGAGGAUCUCCAGGCGCUGUGCGAGAACGUGGGCAUAUACCGCCAAAGAUACUGGUAA